AUGUCCCAGAACGUGGAGGCCACUGCUCCCAUGGGGACCCAGGCGGAGCAGGACAAGAAGGCCCGGAGCCUGCAGCGCAGAGCUAGAGUGUGGGAAGAGACAGCGCCUCAGGCAAAGAAGCUCAAGAGCAAUGAGGACGAGGAGCCAAGCAAAAAGCUGCCCAAGCGGAAGGUGGUGCUGCUGCUCGCUUACUCCGGCAAGGGCUACCAUGGCAUGCAGAGGAAUGUUGGAUCCUCGCAGUUCAGGACGAUCGAGGACGACCUGGUGUCCGCCCUCGUGCGGUCAGGCUGCAUCCCCGAGAGCCAUGGCGAGGACAUGAAGAAGAUGUCCUUUCAGCGGUGUGCACGGACAGACAAGGGGGUAUCUGCUGCUGGCCAGGUGGUGUCCCUGAAGGUGUGGCUCAUCGAUGACAUUUUGGAGAAGAUCAACAGCCACCUCCCAUCUCACAUCCGGAUCUUGGGCCUGAAGCGCGUCACUGGUGGCUUCAACUCCAAGAACAGGUGUGAUGCCAGAACCUACUGCUAUAUGCUGCCCACCUUCGCCUUUGCCCACAAGGACCGCGACCCACAGGACGAGAGCUUCCGGCUGAGCCCUGAGACACUGCAGCAGGUCAACGGGCUCUUGGCCUGCUUCCGGGGCACACACAACUUCCACAACUUCACCUCGCAGAAGGGGCCGCAGGAGCCGAGUGCGCGGCGCUACAUCCUGGAGAUGCAUUGUGGGCAGCCCUUCGUGAGGGAGGGUCUGGAGUUCGCCAUCAUCACCGUCAAGGGCCAGAGCUUCAUGAUGCACCAGAUCCGCAAGAUGGUGGGCCUGGUGGUGGCCAUCGUCCGGGGCCACGCCCCCGAGAGCCUGCUGGAACGCAGCUGGGGUCCCACUAAGGUGGAUGUGCCCAAGGCGCCCGGGCUGGGGCUGGUGCUGGAGCGCGUGCACUUCGACAAGUACAACCAGCGCUUUGGGGGCGACGGGCUACACGAGCCACUGGACUGGGUGGCCGAGGAGGGCGCCAUUGCCGCUUUCAAGGAGUGCCACAUCUUCCCCAGCAUCGUGGACACGGAGCGGCGCGAGCGCUCCAUGGCCCAGUGGCUCAGCACACUGCCCGCCCACGACUUCAGUGCCUCAGCUGCGGCUAUCGAGGCUGCUAAGGUCCCCAGCCCCCCGAAGGCUGACGAGGAAGAGGAUGGGGACACGGACUGA